GGGCACAUAACAGCUCCCACCCCAGGAAUGGGGGGUCCUGGUCCCUGGGAGCAGAAGUAAAGCAAACUCCAGCAGUUCACCCCUCAACGCUGGGAUGAAGGUGCCCUCGGGGUGCUGUCGGCUCCAGGUGCUGGGAGCUGCGCUGGGCGUGUGCAUGACCAUUGGCUUCACCCUGCAGCUGUUGGGGGCACCCUUCCAGCAGAGGGGCUUCUCGGAGCGGCUGCCCCACCUGCGGUUGCUCCCCGGGGCUGUGGGUAAGGAAGGGGCUGCCCCCAGCUCAGGACUCCCAAACCUCUCGGCCCCCCAGCCCUGUCAGCCCCGGCGCCACAUCGUCUUCCUGAAGACGCACAAGACAGGCAGCAGCACCAUCGUGAACCUGUUGCACCGGUUCGGGGAGAGCCACGGCCUGCGCUUCGCCCUGCCCCCCCGCUACCAGCUUGGGUACCCCCAGCCUUUCCAGGCCCGGCGGGUGAAGGGCUACCGGCCUGGGGGUCCUACAUUUGACAUCCUAUGCCAUCACAUGCGCUUCAACCUGCCUGAGGUGCAGAAAGUGAUGCCCCCCGACAGCUUUUACUUCUCUAUUGUACGGGACCCAGGGGCGUUGGCUGAAUCUGCCUUCUCCUACUACCGGGCUGUGGCGCCAGCUUUCCGCCGGGCCGGCUCAUUGGCCCAGUUCCUGUCAGCACCUGAGCACUUCUAUGACCCGAAUGAGAGGGGCAACCAUUAUGCGCGCAACCUGCUAUGGUUUGACUUUGGGCUGGCACCACCAGCCAAGCUGGGCCCCAAAGCAGUGCAGGAGGUGCUAGCCUGGCUGGAGCGCACCUUCCCACUGGUGCUGCUGACAGAGCACUUUGAUGAGUCACUGGUGCUGCUGCGGGAGGCGCUAUGCUGGGCCGAAGCUGAUAUGGACGCCUUCCGGCACAAUGGGCGCAGCCCCCAGGCUGUGCGACCUUUGGCGCCAGCCCAGGCUGCCCAGUUGCGAAACUGGAAUGCCCUGGACUGGCAGCUUUACACUCACUUCAAUCGCAGCUUCUGGCGCCGCGUGGAGGCUUUUGGCCUGGACCGGCUGCGGGCUGAGGUGGCAAGGCUGCAAGAACGGCGCCGAGAGCUAGCCGGGCGGUGCCUGCAGGGUGGGGGCCCCGUGGAAGCAGCUGGUAUUCCUGAUGAACACAUCCGCCCCUUCCAAUUUGGCCAGGCACAGAUUCUGGGUUAUGCAUUGAGGCCAGGGCUGGGGCCCACAGACCGACAGCUCUGCACCCGCAUGGUCACCCCUGAGUUGCAGUAUAAGGAUGCACUGGAUGCCAGACAGUUUGGGGCCAACAGUUCGGCCACAGCGGGGGGCAGGUAGCUAGGGGCUGCCUUUCCCCACCCUCUGCCCCCAGCAUAAACCCCUGGACCAGACAGAUGCGUGCAACACUUACCCCCAGUCCAGCCCAAUGGCACAGACAAAUGGGGAGAUGUGUGGCACAGCACCCUUGGCACAGACAGGUGGGAAGACGGGGAAAGCCCCGCCCCAGCACAGAGAUGGGGAGAUGUGGGGAACAGCCCCCAUAACAGAAGGAAAAAAGUGGGGAUAGCCCCUGCCUAGAAUCCUCCAAUAUCCUGAGUCCAAUGGGGCUGGAGCAAUGUGUACGUGGAGAGGAGGGGGCUAAGAGCCAUUGAACCAAACUAUAAACUAUAGGAAGGAAACCAUGUCAUGUCGGGGUGAGAGAAUGGAGGACAGCCCCCCAGCUUCACCCCAAUGUCUCCCAGAGACUCCACCUGGACAAUAUUGAUUACUGUUUUAGCACCGGACUGGUGCUGGGCAGGAGUGCCUGGUGACAUCUGUGUUACUCAGUACUUCUCUUCUCCAUCCCGGGGUCAUUAUAGUCCCACUUUCCUUUGGGUUGUUUCCUCUUAUAAAAUUAUUCAAUCAGGAA